AUGACACCUGUCAGGAUGCCUCUGCAGCUCACCAGCUCCCCAGGAACAGAUGGACAUGAACGCAACCCAGCUUUCCCACGUGCUAACCCUUUAAAAUCUGAGUCUUUGUUCCUCCUACGACACUGGGAGCCAUGCAUCUUCCUUAUCAACUCCAGCCCCGCUGGUGUGGACAAGGAGUUUGAGGAGCCCUUUGCUGGCCACUGGCGCUCAUGCCCUGCUGCUUUGUUGCAGGGACAAGUGUUGUUCAAAGAUGUGUCUGUGGUCUUCACUCAGAAGGAGUGGCAGUUGCUGGAUGCUGCCCAGAGGUGCCUGUACCGGGAGGUGAUGCUGGAGACCUACAGGCACCUGCAAGCAGUGGGGUGCAAUGUAACCAAACCUGAGCUGAUAUGCAAGCUGGAACGAGGAGAAGGUCCUUGGGAGCCUCCAGGUGGCAGCCUCUCAGAAGUCUGGAGGGCCAACACCAUGACAACAAGUGAAGAAAAUGAAGACAAGUGUUUGAGUCAAGUCUCAUUUGUCAACAACAAAGCACUAACUAAGAAAAGGGGCAAGGCUCUAAAAGAAAUAGUUUAUCUGGCCACAAACUCAGUGGCCUCAAGAGAAAUGCACUGUAAGUGUUAUUCAACUGAAACAAGCUUGGAAGAUGUUGCAGGAUUAAUUCCUGAUAACAGAAACUAUGCAACAAAAAAGUUUGAUGGUUUAGGUGAGUCUAAGUUCCUUGGUUCUAAGUAUGAAAAAAUUCAUCUAGGAUGCAAAACGUGUGAAAGUGAUCAGAAAAAGAAACUCCACAGUCCUACAGAGGGCCUUACUCAACAUCAAAAGACAUCACAUUUGGAGAAACUUCUUGAAUAUAAAAAUUGUGGGAAGGCCUCACAGAGAAAGACAGCUUCUGUUAUGCGCGAGACAGCUCACACAGGACAGGAGCCCUCUCAAGAUGGUAAAUGCAUGCAGGCCACUGCCCACAAGCUCAGGUUCCAAUCUUUUCUAAGAACCCUUAGGGAAAGGAAGGCACAAGAGGCCAGCAAAAGUGGAAAACCCCCAUGUGGGAAGUCAAAAGAUGAACAUCUGAGAACUCACAUAAGGGAAAAACACUGUGAAUGUGUUAUGCUGGAGAAACCCUUCAGUGAGACAGCGGAUCUCACCAGACAUGAGGAAAUGCGACCAAGAGGAAAGCCUGACAAAUGUGAUGUCAGUGAGAAAGCCUUAAGAAACUCACCCCACAUCCAAAAUGAGAAAAUUCAUGUGGGAGAGAUCUAUGGCUGUAGGAAAUGUGGGGGGACCCUUCACCCUAAGCCAUGCCUGACUCAGAACCAGAGAACUUGCACAACAGAAAAACCCAAGUGUGCCGACAGCCAAACAGCCUUAAAGAAGUCAUGUUCAACCCUAAAUCAGAGAACUAGCACAAGAAAGAAAAACUGCAAAGGAAAUGUGUGUGAGAAAUCCCCAGCCUCCUUCCUCAAGGAAUCGAAAUGCACUCAGCAUCAGAGACAGUCCUUGGAGGAGAAAGCUGAUGGGUGUGAGGGAAGUGAGACAUCACCCCUUGGUGAAAAUCAGAGUGCGUGCAAAGAACAGAAAACCCAUGAGUGCCGCCAGUGUGAGGAAGGCGGCACUAAGAAGGCAGGGCUUACCCCAGAACAGAGCACAAACCCAGGGAAAAAACCCUAUGCAUGCAAUGAGUGUGACAAGUCCUUCCUGGUUAAGUCAAACCUCACUGAACACCAGAGAACUCAUACUGGAGAAAAACCGUAUGAGUGCAACGAAUGUGGGAAGUCCUUCUGCCAAAAAUCUGCCCUCAAGGUACACCAGAGAACUCACACGGGGGAGAAACCAUACAAAUGCAACGAAUGUGGGAAAACCUUCUGUGUGAAAUCCAACCUUACUCAACACCAAAGGACUCACACAGGAGAGAAGCCAUACAAAUGCAGUGAGUGCUGGAGGUCUUUCUGUGUCAAGUCCAACCUUGUUGUGCAUCAGAGAACUCACACAGGAGAGAAACCCUACAAAUGUCUAGAGUGCGGGAAAACCUUCUAUGAGAAAUCGGCCCUCACAAAGCAUCAGCGGAUCCACACGGGGGAAAAACCCUAUGAAUGCAACGAGUGUAAGAAAAGCUUCAGCCAGAGGUCAGCCCUUACCAAGCACCAGAGGAAAACACACAAGAAGAAAGCAUCCACCAGCAAUCUUCACGGACAGAUAGCGCAAACAAGUGAAGCUCACUGA